AAUUUUCUCUUUCACAUCAGACUUGCUUGGCUUAGGAUUGUUCUUGCAUCAUCUUAAAAAAUGGCUUCGCUUUCUUUACUCAGCGGCAGUGCUCUCCAGGGUCGUUGUGCAAGAUAUGCACAUGUUAGCCCACGCGCGGCGCAUCCUACCAAACCCGCGCCUCCGUCCUUCUCGCUAACCGGCGCCUCUCGCAGGAACUUGCUGUUUUCCCUGACGGCAGCCACGGUGGUGACGGGACUGCAGCCUGCAUCAAUGGCGGAGACUAUUCCGUUAUUCGGGAUCAGAAAGAAGCUGAAGAAGGCGGAAGAAGAAGCGGUGGAGAUCGUGAAGGAAGGCUUCGAGACGGCGGAGAAAGGCGUAGAGGCGGCUGAGAAUGGAUUGGAGGCGGCGGAGAAGGGAGUAGAGACGGCGGAGAAAGAAAUCGAGACGGCCGUUAGUUAUAACGGAUUGACUCAGGCGGGAGCAGUCGUGGCUGCUGAGUUCGUGGGAGUUCUUGUCGCAACUUCAGUCGUCAACGGGAUUUUAGGACCUGAAGCCCAGAAAUCGUGACUUUUAUCAUUUCAAGAUUGAAACACAUUUGAUCUUCAAGUGUAAUAUUGUGUCUAAAAGUUGUGUUUAAUUACGCGUUGAUAAUAUAUAUCGUAAUUUGAGUUUUGAUAA